CUUAUCCGGAUUUCACGGCGGCUAUUUUAUUAUAUUCCUAUCGGGAAAAUCGCUCUAAUCGUCGGGUUCUAUCGGAUUGUUCCGGAUUUUCGUGGCGGCGGCGUGUUUUGAAGCGAGUUUGUUUUCCUUCCGGAGUCGGACGGCGGCGGCGACGUGCGCGAAAAGUGUGCUCCCUUGAAUCGCUUGAACAACCCCCCCAACAGCAGGAGCAGGUUCUCUCACUCUCGGUGUUGACCUCCUUCCCUCCCUAGUGGGGAACAGUUGUACCAGAUCCACAACUUGGAGUUGGACUCGCGGUGCUUGUUUGUGCUUGUGUCGGACGACGGCGAUCGGUGUUGAAUCGGUGUGCCGGAGGACCCCCCACUAAACGGAGCGGAAGCGACUGAAGCCAAAAACCCGAUUGCAGCACUACCGGUCGGAGGUGAAGUCAGCGAGUCAGCAAGGGUGACAAGGGUCAACAGCAGCAGCAUGGGUGACGCCAUCAACUUUGGACCGGCGUGGCUGCGCAAAGGUCCGGGACUGGGCGGGGGACCACCCCACACCAACAACAACAACAGCAUCAGUAGUGGAGGGGGAGGAGCGGGUGGUGGCCACACCAAUAGCAUCCACACCAACAGUAACAGCAGCAGCAGCAGCAGCAGCUUCAACAACAACAACAAUAACAGCAACAGCUCCGGUUCUGCUGGAGGUGGUGGUGGUGGUGGCGGCAAUUCGGCAGCCCUGGCGGCUGUCAAUGCUGCAGCCGCGGCCGCCGCAGCAGCAGCGGCAGCUUCCACGGUCACUCGGUACGCGUUGGCCGAGUUUCGGUACGGGCGGGAAGAGAUGCUGGCCUUGUUCGACAUGAAAUCGGUGAAAUCGCCAGAGAUUCUGGCCAACUUUAAGAACCUGUUUGUCGAGAAGAUCCAGUGUCCGUUGGCGUUGAUCCCGUGCACGGACGAUGACGUCGUACCGGAACCAGACAGCCGACGCAUAUGGCAAUCGCGGAGCAUCUCGCUUGGGGUGCCGGGGCGUGGUGCCCGCGGUGGUUCGGUAGAUCGUGGAAGAGGCCGCGGCAGGGGUUUUCUGACCGGCUAUCAACGGUCGACCUCUUUCUACGACGAUGAGGCCAGAGGCGUGGGAAGGGGUGAACGACCAUGGCUGGAGCGCAACGGCACCGGUGGUGGUGGUGGCCCGCUGGGUGGAACUGGGGGCGUGGGAGUUGGAGGAGGGGGUCCUGGAGGUCCCGGAGGUGAAGUCGACUGGAACUCGUCUAGUUCGUCUUCGCCGAGGAAAGAGUUUGGAGUUCGUGCGAGGACGGCCAACAUGGACAGCUGGCGCCGAUCUCGGCCGGAUGACGAACCAAGUACGACCGACUGGCGCAGUGGUUCCGGAACUGGCGGUGGGGGCAACGGACUGUCGACGAGUCUGUCCGGGUCUAGCUUGCGGGACAAGUGGUCCAGGUCAACGAGUUGGCGCGAAGAGGAGAGUGGCAUAGGCGAUGGUCCGGGAGGGCGGCCACUGCAUUCGUCGUCAGCGGGCGGUGGCUACAAACCUCGGAUGUCGGCUCUAAGCGGCGGUGAUCUCAACACGAGUGGAGGACCGGGAGGUGGCCUACGGCGUCACUGGGACGCCGAUGAUCAACUGCCGGAGUGGGCCACGGAGAACCCGUCGGAUUACGGAGGUAGCUUCGACGCGAGUGGAGCAUUCCAUGACUCGGACAACGACAUUGACGGGCGGCUGGAGGACGAUGGCGGGAAGGAGAAUCACGUGGAUCAUCGCUAUCACCAUCAGCGCAAGGAAGGUUCGUCCGGUGGCAGUUCACGGAGAAGCGUCCCAUCGUCCAAGGAAGGUAGCACCGCGAAGGAAGACCUGCCCAACCAUGUUGCGUCGUCGGAGAAAACCUCGGAAGAGGCGGACCCCGGCAGCAAAAAGAAGGCUGAACCGGUACGGAAUGCUACGGCGGAUGAAAAGCCUCCAAAGGCCAGCGAAUCGGAACCGACCAAGGCGCAGGACAGCAAGGGUUCAUCGCCGGCACGGGAGGCUCCUAAACCGGUGGCAAACCAAGCAAACGAAGUGGCGGCUGAAAACAACACCUCGAAAACGGCCGCCAAUAGCCAGAGCAACAGCCGAGACGGCAGCGUUGCGAAGCCCAGUGAGGCACCGAGUGAAGCGCCGGAACAGUCCCAGCCCCAGCAUCAGCACCAGCACCACCAGCAGAUUCACCACGAACCGAAAAAGUCCGCGUCGAGUUCGAGUGUGGAUCGGAUGCAGGAGGUCGCGGACGACAUGGUUGCCCAGCUGAUCAUGGACGAUGAGUACACGGGUAGUGGAGUGGAUUCGGAACCGGUUCCGGUCGUGGGUCCAUCUCGUUCCUUGGACAAGUCUCCGGUGCUGGGUGGUCAAAUUCCGCUCAACCUGUUGCUCUCGUCGAAGGAUCCGGUCGCAAUGCAGCAGCUGUUUGGCGGUGCCGGUGCGGCCAACAGUCGGAUGUUGCACGGCCUUGGCGGUGGUCCCCAGAUACCGCCUCCGAUUCCGCACCCUGGCACGGACAUUUGGUACUAUCGGGAUCCCCAGGGUAAGGUGCAGGGACCGUUCCCGGCGUCCGAGAUGACCGAGUGGUACCGGGCCGGAUACUUUGACGAUUCGCUGUCGGUGCGACGGGCUUGCGACGAAAUCUACACGAACCUGGGCUCCCUCGUGGCCCUGUGCGGCGGUGCCAUUCCAUUUUUGAACUCGAUGAACAUACCACCGAUUAAGGCUAAUAGCUCGAAGCAACCACAACAGCCACAACCUCCUCAAGGUCCUCCCGCCAGCUCAUUCCAACAACAGCAGCAGCAGCAGCAACAAAAACAACACCUCCAACAGCAGCAACAACCCCCGCACGAUUCCGACCUGUCGGCGCAGUUCCAGUUCUCCAAGAAGCUCCACCUGCUGCGCCAGCAAAGUCUCAUCAUGCAAAAGUUGGCCUCGGCCGACGGGUGGCAGCUCCUCUCCCAGGAACAACAGAAUGCCAUCAUUGCCCAGCACAUGGCCCAGCUGCAGCUGACCGACGGCGUGAUGAUCUCGCCAACACCCGGCCAGAACCCGGCGGCAGCCGCAGCAGCAGCGAACGCAACGAAUCCGCCAAACCCGGCAAGUAUUUUCGGUGGUGGCCAGCCACCCCAGGAUUCGCUAGUCAAUCUCAAACAGGUGCAGCAGCAACAAGGGCCCGGCCAGCCCCACCCGGUGCUCGAGCAGCUGCAAAAGCAACAAUCCAACAGUCUCAGCAACGCGUUCCAGAAGAUGCCCGACUUUGGCCAGCCCCAGCCCGGCGGUCGGCCCUUACUUGGUAACCUGAACGUCGACCACACUGCCGCCGGUCACGACCACCUGGGCCAGCUGAUCCACAACAUUAAUUUUAAUCAUCAACCUCCAGUACAAAACCUUCCUGGGCUGGGCACCAACAUGCUGCUGAAGCAUAACCUGAUGGGCAGUCUAACGCCCCAGCAGCAACAACAACAGCAGCAGCAGCAGCAGUCGCAACCCCCAAAACCGAACCAGCUAGAAAACGAUCCCAUUCAGUCGCUGCUGAUGCAACUGUCGAUGCACAAACAGCAGCAACAACAGCAGCAGCAGCAACCGCCACCCCAGCCGGCCAAAACGCCCGUCGAGGUCAUGUCCCCGUGGUUGCAGAACGCAACGAUGCCACCCCAGCAGCAGCCAGGAGGUCGCCCACUGAGUUCCGGAUGGGGGGAUCUGGCCCAGCCGGGUGGUGGUGGUGGCGGACAGCAGUCGGCGGGUGGGCCGUUUGGUGCGCACCUCGGUGGACAUCCGCUGGUCAACACUAGCAUGGCCAACGAACCGCAGGCACCGUCGGUUGUGUCGCUGUUUAAGCAUCAUCAGCAGGCCGACAAGCAGCAGCAGCAGCAGAACCAGGACAAACUGGUUAACGACUCUCAGCAGCAGCAAAUGCACCAACAACAACACCAUCAUCAUCAUCAGCAACAGCAGCAGCAACAACAACAACAACAGGCAAAUCAUCAGCCAUUCGAACGUACCCAGCAAAAGCUGGACAGUAUCGCUGCCCAACAACAACAACAGCAGCAGCAGCAGCAGCAACAGAAUCAUCAACCUUUUGAACGGACUCAACAGAAGUUGGACAGCAUUGCUGCCCAACAGUUGCAACAACAGCAGCAGCAGCAACAAUUCGUUCAGCAACAGCAGAAGCAGCAACCCCAGGCUGCCAAGGAUGAGCGCAAGGAGCAGCAGGAAUUGUUGCUUCAGCAGCAGCAGCAGCAACAACAACAACAACAACAUCUGCAUCAGCAACAGCAGCUGCAGCAGGCCAUCAACAAGCAGGCCGAGAAGGCUGCCGCGUCGAAACCGGCCCAGUCCCUGAACAAGGUGGUCAACAACGUGGACGCCCUUGAGAAGCAGUUGCAGCAGCAGGAGCAGUCUGGCAAGACGCCAAAGGGUGGCAACAAGAAGCAACAGCCGAAGCAGCCCCAGCAACAGCAACUGCCGGACGAUGACCAGGGUGAGUUCAUCAACAUGAAGAAGGAGAUGGAGGAGAAGAAGCGCCAGAAGGAGCUGAAGAAGCAACAACAGGAAGAGGCCAAGCGCAAGCAGCUCGAGGAGAAGAAGAAGCUCGAAGAGUUGGAAGCGCAGAAGAAGGCCAAGCUGUUGGAGGUUCAGCGUCGUGAAGCGCAGAAGAUCCAGGAGCAGCAGCAACAACAGCAGCAGCAGCCGGCGCCUCGUCCGGUUACGAAGGUUGCCCCGUGGUCUGCUUCGGUGGCCGCGGAAACUGCCGUCACGGGACCAAGUCUGGCGGAGAUUCAGAAGGCGGAACGGGAACGUCGUGCGGCGCUGGCCCGCCAGGAGCAGUCCCUUCGCGAGCAGCUGCAGCAGCAGGAAAUGGUCGAACUGCAGACGCAGCUGGACAGCAAGCUCAAGUGGAACUCGCAGACGCUGCCACCGCAGAACAUCAAGUCGCUGGCCGAGAUCCAGGCGGAGGAAGCUGCUGCGGCCGAGCGGAACCGCGAGAAGAAUGCCGCGGCCAUUACGGCGGCUGCCAUUGCAGCUUCCUCUUCGAAGCCAUCGAAGAAAGAUGACUUGCUGGGAACGGCCGUCUGGCAGAGCCAGAGUGGCUCCGGCAACAGCGCGCUGACCUGGAACGCGGCCAAACUGUGGGCCGGCUCGGAUGAUCAGAACAGCAACAGCGUCAGCUCGGGCGGAUUCUGGGAGGAACCGAACCCAUCCAACAAGAACGCAGGUCGUCAAAAGCACCACCAACAGCAACAGCAGCAGCAGCAGCAACAACAGCAGGCUCAGAACCAGAAGCAGCUGCUGGCCAAGAGCAAAACCAUGGGCAGCAUCUCGACGGCCUCGUCCUCGAAUGCCGUGGCUGCGGCCAAGCAGCACCAGCAAAAGCAACAACAACAGCAGCAGCAGCAGCAGCAACAGCUGGCCGCAAAGCGUGCUGCCUCAGCCUCCGCCAACAAGAACGCCACUCCAGCUGCCGGCAAUGGCAAGGAACGUUCCGGUGGUGGUGGUGGCGUCGUCGCUCAAAAUGCUGGCUCUGCCGACCAGACUACGCACGAGUUUACCGGCUGGUGCACCCGCGCGCUCACCUCGCUGGGCAGCAACGUUGAUAUUCCGACCUUUGUUGGCUUCCUGCAGGACAUUGAGUCACCGUUCGAGGUCAAGGACUACAUCCGACUCUAUCUGGGUGAAACCAAGGACUGCGCCGAGUUCGCCAAGCAGUUCCUGGAGAGACGCUCCAAGUACAAGAACCAGAUGCGCCAGAAGAAUGCCCACAUCGACGACAUGUGCAAGCCGGCGCCGGCCAUCAACCCGUCGUCCAACGAUUUCCAGGAGAUCAAGGGUAAGAACAAGAAGAUCAAGAAGAACAAGAUGACCAAGCUGGACAACCGGAUUCUGGGCUUCUCGGUGACGGCCGCGCCCGAUCGGCUGAACGUGGGCGACCGCGACUACGGCGAUAACGCCUAAGCGGCCGGGUCGAGAUGUUGUGGCUGGUGGCGCUGCGCGGAGGGGGAAAACAACCACACGAAACAGCAGAAACUCACACACACAUUUCGGUAGGUUGCGUUAGAGGAGGAGGCGGCACACAUUUACUCGCAUAUAAUAACAAAAAGUUACAACAAAAUGAAAGAUUGCAAAAGAGAGAGAGACACACACAAAAACACUUAAAACAAUAGCUAAACAAUAACCUGUACAAUCGAGUUUGCGUAGUAGAUAGAAGAGAGAAGAAAGAGCAACCAAAAACAAACACAUACACUUACAAUCAUACACACAACAUUUGAAUUUUUUUCUAUUGUUUCGUUUUGUUGUCGAUCACUGUGUUGAAAUGAGUGGUGCAAAGUAAAUGUGCGAUCAAUGCGUUUUGCACACUCCACCAGUAUGUGGGUACUAUAUUCCAUUGUGAAUUGGAUUUUUAUUACAUUAAAAUACGCGUUCGUGCGGAAUUUAGGAUAAAAUAAAGCAAAAUGCGUUUUCUUUUAAAACAUGGUUAUUUCAAACAAAUGUGAUUUUUUCGUGAUUCUUUCAUAAAACUACUUUUUUAAAUUUAUUGUGACAUUUCAUUGCAUGAUUUAAACUCCACUCAUAAAUUUUCAUUAACGUGUAAUGUUUUGAAUUACUCAGUUCGAUUUAAACCUAAACUACUCAGCAGGAAUGAGUUAAUUGAGCUUGUUAGUUUUGGGUAAAUUUCACUCAAUUUUACUUGAAUUGAAAAGUCAAUGUUGUAGCUUUUUUUUUCAUCGAAACGCAGUUGAUUUAUUUUUUUGUUUUGCAAGUUUUCAGAAAAGGUUCACGGCAUGUCUUUCAACGUUGUAUGUUAAAAUUAAAGCGGUAUCAAAUGGGCAGCAGCGGCAGCGCAAGCAAGCCAUAGAGGGUGAAGAAAAGCCCCAAGAAAUCGCUCCCUCUCCUUUGUCCUGCUGUUCGUAAAGCUGUUUCUUGACCCCUUUCCUUCCGAUCUGCAUACUAGCCUUAACAAAGGUUUCUUGAAUCUUGUUCACUGUAAAUUCGCUCAAAUUUGACAUUUGCCCCAUUUACUCAUUUUUGGGUAGAUUUUGUUUCGACUAGAACUGAAUAAUUUUGAAUGUGUAAAAUAUAAAAUUUGGCGGAUAUUAUUUGAAAAAAAAAAUAUUUGACCAUUUUUCUAGCAAACAUCAUCGGUUUUUUUUCCUCUUGGGUUGUUUGGCAUUAAAAACUUGAUCAAAAAUCCUUGCAGAACAAAAUAUUUCAAGAAAUAAAUUGCAACUGAAAGCGUCUUUCGAGCCAGUUUACAUAAAAAAAUCCGGUGAAAAUUUCCCGGAAAAUGGUCAAAUUUUCACUCUUCUCAAAAUCUCCGUAUUAAGACCGCAUUACUCUUGCUAACAUUUUUCUGACAAGUAGAAACCCGCCUUAGCUUAUCUGAUCUAUAUGCCUUGCGCUGCAUAAUAUUUUUUGACAGCUGAAAGAUCCAGAAUAUCUUGACAUUGCCACAACAUGAACCGACAACUCACCUCACGCUCAUCCCGAAUAACUAAUUUGUGCUUCACUCAGAUUUUGACAAAACGUGUCUGCUUGAGAAUGGUUAGUAACAAAAAAAAAAAAACAUUUCGAGUACUUACUGAAUAAGGUUUGAGUUUUGAGGCCACAUGUCAGAUUUUGAUGAAUUAAAAGUACUGUCAUUAAAUUGAGUUAAAUUAACCUAAAUGUAACGUAAGGCAUGCCUAAGGAAUCAUUCAUAAGUUUUUUUUUCCUUAAGUUUCAGAUUUUGAAAAUUGAUGGUUCUGGAUAUGCGUGUACACAAAGUUUGAGACAACAUUUUAUUUAGUUAUUUUGAAAAAGUGUGCAGGUAUUAAUCUGGGUGAUGAAUAGAGAGAAUGCGUAACGUGAUUUUCGAAUAAUUCCACAUUGUUUACAUCUACAAAGUAGGAGGCUGUUCAAGCACAAGCAUGACUUUUUUCUUAAUGGUAAAUGAGCUGUUUUGUGGCAUUUGUUUUAUUUUUUCACAUUUGAUUUUUUUUUGCUGGAAAAUUGUGUGUUUUCGAGUUUUGAUCGGUUAAAAGAAGUUUUUUCUUUUUUACGGGUGACGAGAGUGUCAUUCUGCGAUGUCGCAGAUAAAUUCCCUGACAGAUUUUGGAAUCUUCCUGAUCCGGCGAAAAAACAUCGCUAAUUCUAGCAAAGCUGAUCCAACAAACAGAGGAGAUUUUCACCAGUAGGUUUUCGAAAAUUAUUUUAAUGGUCGAUAACAAUACUUGCUACUUUUGGCGAACAGUAAAUUGGUUCCACUUUGACAGUUCAAAAUUGAGGCCGUUUUGCGAACCACUAUUCAGCACCCAGGUAUUAAUCAAGUUGUGUCAUAUGAAACAGCGCAGUGCUGAGAUUUCAAGAUAUUGAUUUUAGCUUUACACGUUCGUGAAAAGUAACUUUUUUUUUAAUUAAAUAUGAUUUGAAGCAGCUAAAAAAAAAAUUAAAAUAUGUUUGUAGUUCGUAAAAAGCAACAUAUUUUAUAUGAGAGAAUCAAGUUUCUUCGACCUUCAGAGCAGAGCUGAAAAUGUCAGGGGUCCUGACGCGAAAAUUGGCGACGCAUACACGAUUUUUUCAGAUCCAUUCACUGAACCGCAAAACCGUGACAUAAACAAACCCGACUCAGUCGUGAGUGCCCUAGCUCACUGAGCAGCUGCAAUGCGAGGCAGUAGUCGACCAACGCUCAUUCGACGUUGCACGCACACACAUAAAGAAACAAGUUUUUACACAAAAAGUUGGUAUUUAUGCGUGGAAAUGUAAUUUUGAAUAUAAGUUAUGGUUGUUUUAAGUGUUUUGCACAGCCUAGAACCAUUCAAUUGUUUAAAAAUAGUCAAAAUAGUGUUUAGAGAGGAUUUUACGAGUCAGUCAUACGACACGAAUUGAGUGAGUGUAGCUAAUUUUUUCACGUCUCUCAUUCUCCAGCAGCCGAACGGCACGAGUCAGGCGGCAGUGGUUGAACGGACACAGUAGGCUUACAGUCAGAUGCUAGCAGUGAACUGACAUUUUGGUUUGCUUCAUGUGUACCCUGGGUUGGAAACAUUUUGCAGGCCUGCUUCAGAGUUCAUUUGUUAACAAAGCUUCCAUUUUUAUAUUGAGCAUUUUCUUACAAAUUAUAGUAGAAACUCGAUAGUUUGACAGUAAAUAACAUUUUUAAGCUGGCUUAACGAAUUCAAAAAUAAGUUGCACGAACUGUUAAAGUGUAUUUUUUCUAUUUUGAGGUCACAAAAAAAAAUCUUGCCUAAUUUCGAGUUAUUUUUCUCAAAAAGUGAAAGCUAUUUUUAAAACGCGUUACAUUUUUAAUAGUUCAAAAUUACUCGUUUCGCUAAAAGGUUGUUUGAAAAUAAGUGUCAAAAGAAAAUUACAAUACCAUCGACAAAACGUAACCAAUCAUACAACAACAAAAAACAAGUCGUAACAAGCAAAAUUAGACAUCCUCUAUCAUACAAACAUUAAGAGAAAAAAAUCACCUUCAUAGCAAAAAGAGAGCAAAAGCAUACAAUAAAUUUCUACACAUAUUAAAUUAAUCAAAACAAAAGAAAGGAGGCAAAUCCAAGCUGUGUGUUGUUUUCCACUAACCUUCUACACAAAAAGCCAACCAGCACCCGCUCGGUAGAUCACGGUGUCGCGGAGGAGAAAUAUUUAAAAACAAAAUGUUUAAAAAAACACUAAAAAAUCGAGCCCAGUUUCUGCAAUCCGUUAACGAGUGUGAACAACAAUAGAAAAAAAAAACCGCAAACUGUUAUACAACAAAACACACACAAAAACUAUUUCUAUUACAACUGAGAAAAAAAAUGAAAAAAAAAACACUGCAAGAGUCUACAAAAAAAGUCGGCGCGGCGCAAAGUGCCGGAAGCAAAAGUCGUUUAAAAGGCCAUUUUCUUCAAAAAGAAAGAGACACAGAAAUAGCAAGCUACCUUCAAAAGGUGUGAGUGAAACGAAAAAGCUUGGAAAAUAACCAAAAUGAAAAACUAAAAAAAAACUAAACAACAACCAGAGCUUCCAGUAAGAGAGAGCACUAUUGCGGACGAUUUUUGGGGUGACGACUUGCAGGAUAAUAAAAAAAGAGAUGAAAAUGAAUAAGUUUGCAACAUUGUUAACAACAUUGCAGUACUAUCGACCUUUUGUUUGUUCGACUCGAUUGGUACGGUUGAUGGCGCGAUGAACCCUUGUUCUAUUACUUAUAUUUGCAUACACAAAA